UUGACCACCAAGAUCUGCGUCCUCCCUGUCGUUUCGCGCCUCCCAUUUUGCGCCACUCCGAUCCAGUCUUCACUCCCCCACACCAAUCCCGUUUCCGCGCAUGCCGACUUCCCGAACCUGGUCAGACUCCAGAGCACGGCCUUGGACGAGUUGCUCGACCACUCCGCCUCGGGUGCAGACCUUGCCGUCAAUCUCAAGCAAGCUGAGUUGGCUGUCAGUGAUCUCGUCACUCUGGUCAGAGCGAGUAACCUCACCGCCAAGGACGUCCUCGCGGACGCACUCUUCGGGUUUGUCGGCGAUGCCAAGGUCGCCGGGCGCGGCUUGCAGCGACUCGCUUCGAAGGUGCACAGCGUCGCAGAUACUAUGUCUGCCUUCAACAGCUACGCCUACUAUAAGAUCGAAGAAACCCGGAAAGGCGGACCCGCUAGCACCGACGUCACCCUCACUCAUGUAUUCCAUUCCUCCAUGGACAACUUCGCCUCCCAGCUCACCCGCAUCAUCUUCGACGGCACUGCGGUAGCCUUACAGUUGGACGCAUUGGAGGAGCGCCUUGCAGCCGUUCAUAGCCUCUGCGUGCAAGAAAAGAUCUCCAUGCACGCGGUCUUGGAUGAUCUUCUCUCGGAGCUCUGGACGAUACUCGGGGGGAACUCGAGCAAGUUGCAGGCCCUCAGGGAUGGGCGGGCCAUCCUGCACGACGUGGAGAAGUACCGCGGUCUCGCAGUCGCGUACGUUGCAGCAACGGUGCACAGUCUGGUGGUUGUCGACGCCGACCUCGGUGAGCUUCGGGAGAAAGUCAACUCGGCCGGUUUCGUCGGGGUUCCGAUGGAGGUGCAGCUCGCGAGCAUCGAGCGUAGCAUCAUGCGUCUUCGG